AGUGUGCUGUAUUAAUAGUGAUGCGUGCUGAUGCACAGACAGUCCUUGCUCUGGUAUCUAAUCUAAUGUGCAGUUUUCUGCAGAAGCCUGCUUGAUGUCCUGAUAUGCCUUGUGUUUUAUUGUUUGACAAGCUACCUAGAUGUGUAUCACCAGGAUGUAUGAGGUAGCCCAGGUUCGAUUCCCACCGGUCCAAGGCCACACCCCUAAAGUAUACCCUUCACCUUGUAUAUUUACAGUACAUGAACACCUGCUGUGGGGUUUACUACAGAGAUGCAGAUACAGAUAUCUUUUCCUAUUGUGUAACUAUGCAGAAGGGUGAUUAAAGCUCUUUUAUAUCUGAGGGCCACCCCGUCCUAUCAAGUGUGAGUCCACUCAAUCCCAUGUGUGGGUACUGUUGUGUCCCCCAAUGCUUCCCAGUGGGUUUCUACUCUGCAUCAGACUAUUGUUAUAGCCUGCUAGUUCACACACUGGGUGAAGAACCCAAGCCAAACACUGAAGUGAUAGAAAUAAUUUAUUAACACAUCACUUGGACAAAUCACUUUCCUCACAGAGCCCACAGUUUCUGGCGGUUUCCACCUCAAAAAGAAAGUGAAUGUUCUUGCAAUUGAAUACACAUGUCAAAGAUCUAAAUUUGUCUUUCCAAACUCCAGACUAGCUUUUGGAUAAUGAAGUCAAGCAAUUGAAAUGUAACAAAACUAGCAGUUAUGACCUUAGGCACCUAAAAUAGAGAAAAUAAAGAACAUUAUGUGUCUUCACCUAUUGUGUAAUAUGUGGGAGCCAAUCUAAUAUCCAGACAGCACAACCUGGACGAAGCAUGGAAAAUUUAAAACAGUCUCACUCCGUUUUGUAUGAUAUGUUACAAAUUCCAAUUUGCUGUGGCUAACGCUAACGUUAGCUAGGCAGCUAACGCUAACAUUAGGUAGGCGGCUAACGUUAGCUAGGCUAGGGGAUAAGGUUAGAGGAAGGGUUAGCUAACAUGCUAGUAGGUGCAAAGUAGCUAAAAAGUAUUAGCGAAGUUGCUAAUUAGUUAAAAUGCUGAAGUUGUCUGUGAUGAGAUUCAAACACGCAACCUUUGGGUUGCUGGACAUUUGCGUUACACACCCACCAAUCCACUGUGGCAUACCAUCCUCCUUUUGUUUUUGGCUUGUAACCAUACCAACAGUAACAUAUCAAACUCAUUUCAGUGUCCCGGAUUUACUUUUACUAUGUUACAUCUAGUCUAUGAGACCAGGCUGAACAGUGAAAAACAGAAGUCCCUUAAUGACAUUCUAAGUGCCCAAAAAAAACCAGCCCAGACUGUCUGCUGGAUUGUUUGUGUUCUAGCCUCUCCCUGUCCCACUCUCCAUUGUAAUGUACUGUACUGUACACACGUGUUGUUAUUUCCCCUGCUUUACAGAGGCAGUGAGGCCAUCACAGCUGUCUUACAGAGGGAGCUUGACCACUGACCUCAACUGCCAUACCACUGGGACAAACAGCAUGAGCCCCUGGAGGAAGCGGGGGAACCAUGGGGUCCUGGGGUCACGGCCUGUGUGUGGUUUUGUGUUUCUGGGGAACAGUUAGCGGGAGCAUGCUUCAGAGUUGCACUGUUGGCCCGUGUACUGUCAAUACUGGCACGGCAUCAUUUAACUGCAGUUGGAGGAAACUGGCUCAUAUUCCAACAGAGAUAUGGGACAAUGCAACCACACUGGACCUCUCCCAGAACCACCUCAACUUAACUAACCCUCAACACCUCAGACAACUACAGGGGUUGGAUCAGCUGGUUACCCUCAAUCUCUCAGGCAACUACCUCCCUCUGCUGGGGAAAGACAACCUCUGCAGCCUCCCCUCCCUGCAUACACUCGACCUCAGUGGCUGCCAAUUGACUUCCAUAGAGGCUGGAGCUCUGCAGGGUUUACCCAGGUUAGGGGAGCUGUUUUUGGGGCACAACAGACUGCAAGUCCCCCUGUCUGUCUCCACUCGAGAUAUAGUAACUAUAUCCUUCCUGGAUUUCCAUGGGAACCAAGAGCUUGAGCGUGGCUCUGAUGAUUUGUCGACAGGAAUCAGAAGACCAUCUCAUAGAAAACUGUUGGCAAAUGACCGUGAAGAUUCCACCACAACUCCAACGAACACAAUGACUACAGCUAAUGGCACAGAGUCGCCCGGUCAGAGCCGCCCCUCCCACCGUUGGCAAUAUUUGGUGGCAGUCCUUGUGACGGCAAUCUCCCUCUCCCUCCUCAUCGCCAGCCUGGCCAAAUGCCAGCUGGUCCGCCGCUACCUAGCCAGCUAUCGCCACACCCGUCUGACCGAGCAGGACACAGCCAGCCAGUGUGACCCCAACAGUCUGGAGGUGGGCUUCUCUAUGUACAACCAUGGGGGACAGGCACAGAGCCCCCACCCUGCUGCUGUCCCCCAGGGAGAGAUUGAGAUAGAGGAUGAGGAAGAUGAUGAUGGCUUCAUAGAGGAUAACUACAUACAAGCCAGCGAGAGGGAGAGGGCUAAGAGGGCACUUGAAGUGGAGGAAGAGGAGGAAGAGGAUGGGAUGGACUUUACCAUUGGCUAGGAAGAAAGGGAGAAGGUGGAAAGAGAGGGGAGAGAAUGAGAGAGGGAAGAGAGAGAGAGAGAGAGGUCACUAGCCUAUUUGGAUACUGAUUGGGGCCAAUGCAGAUAUUAAACAAUUGCAUGUCUAUUUCCAUCAUCUUUAGAGGACAAAAACAGUCCAGAGACAGAUGAAUACAAAACUGAUAAUAGCAAUAACUCAAUUUAGCUCCGCAAUAGGGCACCUUUGCCUGUGUCUUUCAAUGGAUUUCAAAAUUGGACUGUUGGUACAGACUUUGAUAGAAAUUUGUUCGAAAAUUAUUAUUUAAAGUGAGUCAAAUAAUCAAUCAAUUUGUUUUUGAGUUAGAUUUUUUAAAGUUUUACCAAUGCAUUUGAUGUUAUUUGGGUGUGCCUGCACUCCAUUUUGUUACAUUUGUAGAUAAAAUAAAACGUUUUCAAAUUCAA